UUUGACAAGUCACAAAAUUGUUUACUGCGCGUCUUUUGAUAAGGAGAAAUCUAGCUCUAUUUAUUAUUUUAUAAAAUUAAUUUUUAAACUAAACUAGAUUUUCAAAUGAGUUAUACAAUGAAUAUGACAAAUUCUGUAAAUGUUUCCGUUGAAGCACCAUGUGAAAAUCAAAUACAAGAAAUUACUUACGACGGAACAGAGAUAUACCAACCACCACCUACACUCUCAGAGACCUUAACAAAAUGUGCAGCACGUAUAGAUUUCAGCAAAACAUCUCUUGAUGAUCUGAAAAAAGAAGACAAAUUAUCUGAAGAAGAAUUAAAAGAUCCAUCACAAUUUCAGCCUAGCCUUUGGCCAUGGGACUCCGUACGCAACAAACUAAAAGAUGCUCUUACUGAAAUUUGUGUAUUGUCUGAUGUAAUUUCAAUUGCAAAAGACAAGCGCUAUUUAGUAUUAGAUCCCGUUCCAGAAGAACCCGAAGACACCAAACCUAUCAUUCAAGUUUAUGCUCGUAAAAAAGCACUAAGUCAAGCAGCGAAUGUGCUUCUUAAUGGAGCUGAAAGGCUUCGCAGUUGCCAAAGUGAGCAAAGAAAUCGAAAUGUUGCCGACUUCCAUAUCGAACUAUUGCGACUCAGACAGAAUUGGCGUUUGAAAAAGGUUUCCAAUGCCAUCAUUGGAGAUCUUAGCUAUCGGACAGCUGGUUCCAAGUUUGGAAUGAGUGGGACAUUUGAAGUUACCAAAGCUGAAGAUGUAGUUGAUGACGAAACGACUCCUACAGGAGCCGGCAAUGGUGUAGCACCUCCAGUGGCUAAGCCAACGUCGGCACUGAGAGUCAAUGUUCCACCUGAACUUCAAGGUGUUGCUUACAUCAAAGUUAUUACCCAAAAAGAUCAAGAAGAUCUUUGUACUGCGAAUGUAAAUCUAAUGGGAACUGGGCAGAAUAUAACUCAACAAGUAGGAGUGUGGCAGAAGACACUUGAAUUUGCGCAAAAUGUUCUUUUUUGCAAAGAACUUUUCAGUCAGUUGGCCAGAGAAGCCAUUCAUAUGCAAGCACCCAUUCCACAUGUUGUUGUUGGCAAUCAAAUUAGAGCUACACUUCUUCCAGGAAUUCAACUAAUUAUCUCACUCUGUCAUUCGACAACAUUUGAUUCAAGCCAACCGGGACCGAUAAACGAUCAUGAUCAUGUUCUGGAGCAUUCAUUGCAUCAAUUGUUGCGUGAAGUUCAUCAUAAAAACAGUCAUCAUCCGUUUCCACAUCCGGCUAGUGGACCAAUGGGACCAAGUAAACGACGCAUGUUGGCCGGUCCAAUUGCAGCCGAUCGACAUGAACUCCUUGAAAUGACAAAAACACAAACUAUUCUCGAGCAAAUUAUUGCCCAGGCACAACAUAUAUUUAUGCGCAAACGGACGCAGUAUGUGUUGGAUACAUUGGCUAGAGAUGUGAAAGAUCCGCAGAUAGUGUCACAUUGGAAUGCAAUGAACAGUCCAACAAUGGCAUGUGUUAAAAUUAAUAUAGUAACUCAUGGCUAUGAUACAAUAAAUCGGACAUCAUUGGUAAUACACGUUAAGGAGCGCUCUCUAAAAUGCAUUUGUCGAGAUGGACGUGUUAUGCACUUGUCAUAUGAACCUCAAGAACUUCGUGAUUUGAUUCUCUGCCAAAUAAAUCAACAUCAAAUCUCUUGUUUGUUAAAUCUAGCUCGUUGCAUGGCAUGGCAAGUACUAUCGAAUAGUAAUCAUUUGGGAAUCGGAGAAGUUGAACCUCUUGGCAAUGCUAGUUCUUGCCUAUUGGCAUCACCAAAUAGUGACCGUAUGAUUGCAGUACAAAUUCGCUGUGAUCCACAAAUAGAUGUUAAAGUUUUCAUUGCCCGCAGUCCGAGGCAAGAUUUCUUUCCGAGUCCCCUGGUGCCUGAAAAAUUUUGGGAAAAUUUAGGAGGACAUUUCAAAGAAGUGAAAUUUGACAAGAUUGAAGGAAAGAGUUUUCUCAAUAAAAUGGAAUUCCUUAUGGCGAGUCUGACAAGUUCAUCUUCUUAGUAAAAUGUAUAAUGUUGAAGGGGGUAGGAGAGAAAAUUAUUAUUU